AUGCCUCCUCCUUUAAUACAGCACCUGACUCAAGCGCUGCCACAACAUUGUGAGCCGUCUUCGCCCUUCUUCGCUACCAUUUCCGCAUAUCUACACACGUGCAUACCUACGCCGCUCGCUCUUAUAUCAUCAGUGUUGGGUACCCUUAGCAUUGUCUCAUGGCUGUUUGCACAGCUCCCCCAGAUAUACAAGAAUGUCCAGUUGCAGUCUACGUCGGGCUUGUCCAUAUUCUUUCUUGUGGAGUGGUGCUUGGGAGACACUAGCAACCUGAUCGGUGCUCUACUCACUCGGCAAGCUACUUGGCAAGUCAUCAUUGCAAGCUACUAUGUCCUGGUCGAUGUUACACUCGUCUUCCAGUUUUUCUGGUACACACAUAUCAAAGGACGUCAGGGUGGCUACAGUAGCUUGUCUCACUCACAUAAUGAGGGCGGAACCGGGGGGGUGUUAGAAGGGGUAUCCUUUUCCGAGAACAACUCAGUCAAUCAGACACCUUCAGAAACCACAGCCGAUUCGGACGCGAAGGAUGUGAAAGGUCGCAAAGAACCUAUAUUCGGUUCUUAUAACGGCCAGUCCCUGUCGUAUUCCAAUGAGAAGCUCAGCUCAUCCCGUCGGUCAAUGCUCAGAAAAAGCAGCGGACCCAGCCUGCCUAUUGCCUCUACGCGCACAGUUCUAUUAGCAUCGAUGCUCUGCGCGGUUGUGGCCAACGCAGCACCAACGGAGCCAGCCACCGAACCACACUCCCAUUUCCUCAGUCUGGGGUUCCUCGGCACCCUUUUCUCGUGGAUGUCAACAUUCCUAUACCUUUUCUCGCGGCCACCACAGCUAUACAAGAACUACAAGCGCAAGAGCACCUCCGGUCUAUCCCCGCUGCUCUUCAUGGCCGCAUUCAGCGGAAACUUCUUUUACUCCUCGUCCCUCCUCACAAACCCUAACGCCUGGUACGACUAUCACCCUUACGGCGGCGGCGGAUGGGCCGACUCCGAUGGCAACAACCGCGCCGAAUGGCUAAGCCGGGCUAUCCCCUUCUUCCUUGGGGCAUUCGGCGUCCUCUUCUUCGACGGCUUCAUGGGCGUGCAAUUCCUUAUGUACGGCACGCGAGACGACGAGUCCAUUAUUGAGAUCGAAGAUCCGAAGUGCGGACGUAGUCGCUGGAUGCGAGUCCGCGGCUGGAUGAGAGGCUGGAUCCCCUCCGUAUCCCCUACCCGGGAUGCCCAUCGCCGCACUCCCACAGAAAGCCAGGCGCUUUUAGAAGAAGACUGUGAUAGAUACGGUACAGUUUAA